CUCCUUCACCACUCCCUCACCAUGCGCCCCACCUCUCUGCUGAGCGUCUCACGCUCGCUGCCUCUGCUCCAACAGCAGGCGGCUUCCUCAUCGUCAUCAGGAGCGGCUUCAUCUCCCUUCACGACGGCGCAUCGCAGCUAUGUCAAGUCGCUCUACAAGCGAUACCUCAAGAACGAGCUUGACUGGGUGAUUAGGAGGGACAUUUGGAGGGACAGGGCGAUUGAGAUUCGUGCAGAGUUUGAGCGCAACAGGCACAUUCGCAACCCCCGUGAGCUCGCCAAGGUCCUCGAGGCUGCGGAGGAGCGAUUGGCCAGCCUCGCCCACCCGGACCCUUACAGGCCGCCCCUCGCCGAGGAUGGAACCAAGUGGGAGCGUAACAUGCCGCCGCCGUACGUAUGAGGCGAUUAGGCCAAGCUGGGCAGUCGGAUCGUCGGAGGAAUGGGAGGGGGGCAUGGCCGGCUCACGUACGACAGCGUCGAGAAAAUGUAGGCAGAGGCAGCCAGGUCAGAUGCAAAGGAGAUACUCAAU